UCCACUACAAUUCAGCCAUCCCUGACCAGUCAACUACAGGGCUGAAUUCAGGGACUUUUUGGUGGUGCAAUUACCAGCUAGCUUCAGGGUAGUCUGGUAAACUCUGAUCUGGGGAGGAAGUAAAACUAUUAGAGAUCCAGACGCUUUUCUCCCUUGAGAGACAACCUGAGGCACCACGACAGAGUCUUCUGCUUCUUCCUCAGCUACCCGCAGAAAACUGUGGGAGAAGCAUCAGGUCAUGCACCCCAGUGCUCCUCUAAAUGGGAUCCGUCAUAGAAAAAAGAAAAUGGCAGCCUGGCCCUUACCUAGGCUGUGGAAAGUCUCUGAUCCAACUCUGUUCCAAAUGACCUUGGUCGCUGCUCUAUUUGCUACUGUCCUUGGUAGUUGUGGUCCCCCACCGAAUUUAUACUUUGCUUCCCCAAUAAAUGUGUUGAACCAGACUUCCUUCAUCUCUGGGACUAUCCUGAAAUACACCUGCCGUCCUGGCUACAGUAAGGAUCCUUAUAAAAGUCAGGAUGUUACCUGCCGAUACAGGUCAUGGAACUACGAUGAGUUCUGUGUCAAGAAAAGAUGCAGACAUCCGGGAGAAUUACAAAACGGGCAAGUGAUAGUUAAGACAGAUAUCCUGUUUGGAUCACGCAUAGAAUUCGUCUGCUCAACUGGAUACGUUUUAGUUGGCUCAGCCACUAGUCAUUGUGAGAUCCAAGAUAGAGGAGUUGAUUGGAGUCAUCCUCUCCCACAAUGUAUAAUCGCCAAGUGCGAUCCUCCUCCAGCCAUCAGUAAUGGGAAGCACAACGGUGGAGAUGAAGAUUUCUAUACAUAUGGCUCCUCUGUCACCUACAGCUGUGACCCCAACUUCUCGCUCUUAGGCAAAGCCUCCAUUUCUUGCACAGUGAAAAAUAAAAAAACAGGCGUCUGGAGCCCAAGUCCUCCUACUUGUAAAAAAGUCACUUGUCCUAAGCCGGAGAUUCAAAAUGGAAAAAUCAUCUUGGGAUUUGGACCCCACUAUACUUAUAAAGACUCCAUGGUGUUUGACUGCAAUAGAGGUUUUAUUCUCAAAGGAAGCAGUUUAAUCCACUGUGGAGAAGAUAACAACUGGGACCCUCCUCCUCCCACUUGUGAGCUCAAUAGUUGUCUUGGCUUACCAGACAUCCCACAUACCUCUUGGGAGAUGUAUAACUACCAGAUGCCAACAAAACAGGGAGUUUAUCCUAUUGGAACUAUGCUGAAAUACAGGUGCCGUGAUGGCUAUAAACCUAUUUCAGAUGAGCCUACGACUGUGAUAUGUCAGGAAAACUUGACUUGGACCCCGUACAUAGAGUGUAAGGAGGUAUGUUGCCCAACACCAGAGCUGAAGAAUGGCAAAAUCAAUGAACAGAGAUCUAGUUCUGUCAAUAGCUGUGAUUUUUUCAAUGGAGACGCAGUUUUAUAUACGUGUUACCAGAAAUACAAGUUUGAAGCCAGAUGUCAAGCAGAUGGCACCUGGCAUCCCAAGACACCAACAUGUGAUGAGAGCUGUGAUUUCCCUCCUACCAUUGACCAUGGACAGUAUGAACGACAUCAAGCAUUUGGUAUAUUCAGUCGUACUGAGGCGAUAUAUAAAUGUGACAAAGGAUACACUCUAGUUGGUGAAGCUCGACUCUCUUGCAGUUCUUCAGGCUGGUCUCCUGCAGCCCCUCAAUGUAAAGCUGUCUGUAUGAAACCAGAAAUAGCCCACGGAAAGCUGUCCGUGGAUAAGACUGAAUACGUUCAAGCUGAAAAUAUCAGCAUCCAGUGUGACUCUGGCUAUAAGUUGGUCGGUCCGCAAAGCAUCACUUGCUCAGAGAGCAGAACCUGGGACCUCAAGGUGCCCAAGUGUGAGUGGGUGAUUCCUGAAGGCUGUGGACACGUGCUCGCAGGAAGAAAGGUCAUGCAGUGUCUCCCCAACCCAGAAGAUGUGAAAAUGGCCCUGGAGGUGUAUAAAUUGUCUUUGGAAAUUGAACUGCUGGAAAUACAGAGAGAUAAGGCAAGGGAUCCUGCUAUGGACUCACCACCGUAAUUUCUCCCAAGAGAGGGAGAAACACGUGCUGCCUUCAAUACAACACUGGUCGCUUCAGCUUACCCACUCUCCUGCCCCCUUUGUCCCAUCAUUCAUGGUAAUAAAUGUCUAGAAAGGACAAUUUGUUCAUGUUUAGUCUUUGAGACUGUACAAUUAUCGAUCACCUCAUAGCUCACGUUUUUGCUUUUCUGGACACAAAGUGCCCAUUUUUGUUUUCAAGUAAAAAAAAUUACACAUCAAA